UUCUACUGACUCCGCCUCUAAAGGUUUUUGUUUCUUAUGAAGUUUUUUUGUUUCUGUCUGCAGAAGAAAAUCGACGCCGACAGCAUCACCCCAGAGUCCAAGCGUUACAUGGAGCGACUGAUCAAACUGGGGAAGAGGAACGGCCUCCACCUGCCCACAGAGACGCAAGAGGAGAUCAAGAGCAUCAAGAAGAAACUGAGCAACCUCUGCAUCGACUUCAACAAGAACCUGAACGAGGACACCACCAGCCUGACGUUCAGCAGAGACGAGCUGGGCGGCCUGCCCGAGGACUUUCUGAGCUCUCUGGAGCAGGACGGAGAGAAGCUGAAGGUCACACUCAAGUAUCCUCACUACUUCCCCACCAUGAAGAAAUGCUUCGUCCCUGAAACCCGCAGGGUGCUCGAGGAGGCCUUCAACUCCCGCUGCAAAGAGGAGAACUCGGCCAUCCUGAAGGAGCUGGUGGAGCUUCGUGCUCAGAAAUGUUCUCUGCUCGGCUUCAGCACUCACGCUGACUUCGUCCUGGAGAUGAACAUGGCCAAAUCUGGGAGGAAGGUGGCCAGCUUCCUGGAGGAGUUGGCUCGUAAGCUGAAGCCUCUGGGAGAAGAAGAGCGCUCGGUCAUCCUCAAACUGAAGGAGAAGGAGUGUGAGACGAGAAGUCUGCCUUUCAACGGAGAGCUGCACGCCUGGGACACUCGCUACUUCAUGACACAGGUGGAGGAGACGCAGUAUGCGGUGGAUCAGAACCUGUUGAAGGAGUAUUUUCCGAUGGAGGUUGUGACUCGUGGUCUGUUGGAGAUCUAUCAGGAGCUGCUCGGUCUUUCCUUCGAGCUUGUGGGCGGAGCGGCCGUGUGGCACCCAGACGUCACUCUGUACUGCGUUAAGGAUCGCAGCAGCGGUCAGGUGGUCGGCCAGUUCUACCUGGACCUCCACCCCAGGGAGGGGAAGUACGGGCACGCCGCCUGCUUCGGCCUGCAGCCCGGCUGUCUGCUGCCCGACGGACGCCGUCAGAUGUCUAUCGCCGCCAUGGUGGCCAACUUCAGCAAGCCGACGGCUGACGCCCCGUCACUCCUGCAGCACGACGAGGUGGAGACGUACUUUCACGAGUUCGGACACGUCAUGCACCAGCUGUGUGCCGAGGCGGACUACGCCAUGUUCAGUGGGACUCACGUGGAGCGGGACUUUGUGGAGGCGCCGUCUCAGAUGUUGGAGAACUGGGUGUGGGAGCGCGAGCCUCUGCUGAGAAUGUCCAAACACUACAAGACCGACAAAGCCAUCCCCGACGAGCUGCUCGACAAACUCAUCAAGUCCCGCCUCGCCAACACCGGCCUGUUUAACCUGAGGCAGAUCGUGCUGGCUAAAGUGGAUCAGGCUCUGCACACCAGGAACGGGCUUGACGCGGCAGAGGAGUACGGACGCCUCUGUCAGGAAAUCCUGGGAAUCCCGGCGUCGCCAGGGACCAACAUGCCGGCGACCUUCGGGCACCUGGCGGGCGGUUAUGACGCUCAGUAUUACGGUUACCUGUGGAGCGAGGUGUUCUCCAUGGACAUGUUCUUCGCUCGCUUCAAACUGGAGGGAAUCAUGAACCCAAAGGUCGGCAUGGAUUACAGGAGGUUCAUCCUGCGGCCCGGCGGCUCAGAGGACGCCUCCGAGAUGCUCAGGAAGUUCCUCGGGCGUGAGCCGAAGCAGGAAGCGUUCCUCCUGAGCAAAGGACUAAUGGUGGAGCAGCAGACCAGCACGCCGUGUCCCUGCUGACCAAUCGCAGCAGCCGGAUCCGCCCCCCCCCACACACGAGAAGAGAGCGAGAGAGAACAAGGGACUGAAGUUUUCUAGAAAAAAAAAACUGUAAAAUGUUUCAAAACACAGUCAAAAAUAUGCAGUAAAUAAAAGAUUUGAGGUGACGUGCUGUGUGUGAU